UGCCGCUUCAGCUCUUCUUCGUUCGUGGUGGUAGCAGACGGUGGAAAGGGCUGGUCGGCUCUAGCUCUUCUCGCCGAACCGCCUCCUCCUCCCCUCAAAUCGGCGAGGACCGCCGCGUCGCCGCCGCCGCCGCCAUCAUGCUCCGCCUCCAAAAUCACCUCCUCCGUUUCCUCCGCGUCGCCUCCCCGCUACCCUCCCCAAUCCACCCCCGCGCCCGUCUCCUCCUCUCCACCUCCACUGCCCCCGCGCCCUUCUCCCUCGAGGAUUACCUCGUCGCCGCCUGCCGCCUUACCCCAGCCCAAGCCCGCAAGGCGUCCAAGCAGGCGUUCUGCAAGGCAUCCAAGCUCGCGGGGAAACCAUUCGAGGAGUUUUCCUGCUCCCGCCUCAACUCUGCAUCCAACCCGGACGCCGUCCUCGCCCUGCUCUCCGGCUUUGGCCUCUCCCGCGCCGACAUCGCCGCCAUCGUCGCAGCCGACCCACUGAUCCUCCGAUGCCGUGUGGAGAAAAUCGGCCCCCGCAUCCUAGCUCUCCGCGACCACGCCGGUCUGUCCACUCCCCAGGUCGCUCGCUUCCUCCUGGUCGGCUCCCGCGGUCUACGCAGCGUCAACGUCGCCACCCAUGUCGAGUUCUUGAUCUCCUUCUACGGCUCGUUUGAGCGGCUCCUGGUGGUCGUAAAGAGGAACAUCAACCUUCUAAGUUCGAGCCUUGAGAGGGUGAUCGAGCCUAACAUAGCGUUGCUUCAUCAGUGCGGUCUAAGUGUUCGAGACAUUGCCCAGCUGUGUUCAAACGUCCCGAGGUUGCUUUCGUUCAACCAGGAGCGCGUGAAGGAGUUUUUGCUGCGGGCAGAAGAACUUGGGGUGCCUCGCACUUCGCGGAUGUUCAAGUAUGCGGUGGCGGUGGUCGUGAGUAAUUCUAGAGAGAAGGUUGCUGCCAGGCUUGACUUUUUGAAGAGGACGCUUGAUUGUUCCAAGGUCUCCAUUGCAGUGUCCAGGUUGCCAUUAAUUUUAGGAUUUUCCCCAGAGAUUCUUCUCCGCAAGAUUGAGUUCCUGAUCAAUGAGGUUAGGCUGGAACCACGGUACAUUGUUGAAAGGCCCUACCUGUUUGCAUUAAGCCUGGAGAAGCGUAUGAUACCCCGGCAUACUGUCAUGAAGGUCCUGCAGGAAAAGGGAUUGCUAAAUAGCAACAAGGACUUUUAUUCCUUAUGCAAAAUUCCAGAGAAGACUUUCAAAUUGAAGUUCAUCGACUGUCACAAGGACUCUGUUCCUGGGCUUGCAGAGAUUUAUGCUGCAGCUAGCGUGCAGGUGGAUAGUGGAACUGCAACAGGUUCAUUAGCAGUUGUCCAUGGGGCAGGCUUUAUCAAUUCUGGUUUCUGCAAUAGAACCACUAGUGAUCUGCGACUGCAAUGUCCAAGUUCAAACUCUGGUUAUCUAUGAUGGAGCUGGUUUGACUUGUUCUGGUGCCUUACUGCACGUGUUUGUUAGUCGCUUCUUUUGACUAGCACAUGGCUGAAGAUUACCCCUCACUUAGUUGUUCUACUGCAGAUAGGUCUUUGUUGUAGCACUAAAGCUUGAAAUUUGGCAUGCUUUCAGGUUGUGGCCUAAAUUACUACUGAGAAGAGACUCCAACGAUUUUAUAAAGCCGCAGUUGUAAGGGCUGACAUAGCAUUCUUGAUUCUAAGAAAUUUUUUGGUACUAUGGACCUCCGCUCAUGUACCUAAGAUGGUUGUCUGAGAUACUAACAGCUGAAAAUAGAUGGCAAGUAGUAAUGGAGAAUACUUCCCUUGACAGAGUACUAAUUUGUUGCUCUUUCAUUUUUCAUGUAAUAUUAUAGAGAGAAUAUGUCCCAUUUAUAGGGCGAUCUUGACUUGGCCACCUAAGAUUAUGGAAAUUGAUCUCUCAUAUACACAGAACAUAUCUCUUCUGGAAAUAUACCAUUCAGAUAAGGAAACCAAUUGUCCUUAAA